AUGACACUUACUAUUGACAUGGCUACAAAAACAGCUACCCCAAAGACCCGAAAACUUAAAGUUAAUAACUUUGUAUUAGUCUUAAAGCAGUUCCUAGAAAAGCAUAAUUUGAUGGCUGACUCUACUCCAAAACAAUUAAGCGAAUAUGCUCCCAAACUUGAUGCUCUACUUCCCGAUUGGAUGGCCUGCAGAUGUGUUAAUUCAUUCUUGCCAGAGGCACUGGAAAUGGCAAAAUAUUGUACUAAAAUUGGUGAUGUUAUGGAUAUUUUCACUCAUUAUUUAGAUUUAGGCCCAAAAAAUGAUUAUGAAAAUGAAAUAGUCGACAGUGGUUCACACCAAUCACAAUUCUGUGUGAAGUUAGCAGAAGCUGGAGUAAGUUCUAAAAUUAUUAAUACCUAUGCCAAAGAUCCAAAACUUAUUCAAGAGUCAAAUAAAAUUCAGAAAAAGCAAACUAUAAAACGAAUGGCUAAUCCAGAUAGAAUUCCCACAUAUUUCUCCUUAGCAAAUGUGAGUAAAAGGAUUCAGAACAUAAAUGUUUUCAAAAUUCCUACUAGAGAGGAUCUCGUGGAUAUAAUUGUAAUGUUGAGUAUGAGACCUGCAGAAACUAAAAAGUUAUCUGACCCUGUCUUUACUGGAAAAGGAACAUAUUAUGGAAGUAAACAUGCUUCCAGAAUUCAUGGUAGUAAGAAACUAACACCCCAACAUCUUAAACUGCUUUCGAGAAUUGCAAUGAGGCAAGAAUCAGAUCGCCUUGAUGCAGGUGAUAAUUACACUAUAGGUGAUACAGAAUCAGAAGAGUCUGACUUCGAACCAAAGAUAAGCAACAGUUCAAAACCUCAAAUAUAG